CCCUUCCUUCCUCAUUUCCUUCCUUCCUUCCUUCCCUUCCUCCCUUCCCCAAUAACCUGGAGCGAACGCGGCCCACGCUUUCUCCUCCGAAGACUUACCCCCUCUUCAUAAAAAAAAGAGCACUUCGCCUUUAAGAGCUCCUCCAGUUGAAGUUUUAUAAUGACCAUGACUACGAUGGCUGACGGGUUGGAAGCUCCGGACUCUAAGUCUGCCUUCAUGGAGUUUGGCCAGCAGUCCCAGCAGGGCUCUCCGGCCAUGGCUCCCGGUCACUACCCGGUGCACUGCCUGCAUUCAGGAGGACACUCACAUCAGCACGACAGCUCGUACCCGGCAGCCAACACGUAUAACAGAUCCAUGCCUUAUCCCUACGUGAGUCACUCUCAUCACAGCCCUUACCUGCAGUCCUACCACAGCAACAACACUGGCAACCAGACGCGCUUAGACGAGACAGAGCCGCAGAAGACAACGGUGAUUGAAAACGGGGAGAUCCGUUUUAAUGGGAAAGGAAAAAAGAUCCGCAAACCUCGCACUAUCUAUUCAAGUCUACAGCUGCAGGCGCUAAACCACCGUUUCCAGCAGACACAGUAUCUGGCUUUGCCCGAGAGGGCUGAGCUGGCCGCCUCGCUGGGACUCACACAGACACAGGUGAAGAUCUGGUUCCAGAACAAACGCUCCAAGUUUAAGAAGUUACUAAAACAGGGAGGUAAUCCCCACGAGAGUGACCCAGUGCCUGGAUCCGCCGCUCUGUCCCCUCGUUCACCAGUCGUCCCACCCGUGUGGGAUAUCUCAGUUUCGACCAAAGGUGUUAACAUGAACCCCAACAGCUACAUGGCUGGGUAUUCUCCCUGGUACUCCUCGACUCACCAGGACACCAUGCAAAGGCAGAUGAUGUGACAAUCCGAGGCCAGAAAUUCUCAAUGGACAGACCUCAAUGGGGUGAGAGAGAACCCCAUAGUUUCACAGUGCCCACAUGCCCAGGGUGCCAUGAUGGAUGGGAGAUCCAGCAACUAUUUUAGUUACUAAGAUCCAAUGUUAAAAGAGACUGACAGUCAGCGAUAAAGGACGACCUGGCUGGUGACAAUAGGACAUUAUAAAGGAGUCGCCACAGUCUCCAUAGAUCCAUCCAAUUUCAAUGACCACAAAAUGCCAAUGCAAAGUGGAAGAUUUUAUGCUGAUUUUUUAAAACAAAAACACAACAUGGUUGGCGAUGCUAAGACGCACUGGAGUCAUAUAUAAAGACAAGCUGUAUGUAUAUAUUGUUUCAUUUUUAGUUGUAUAUAGUUUAUAUGUUUUAUGUCUCUUUCAUACUGAGUAAUAAAUCACAAAAACGCCAAAAUGUCUCGCAGUUUCCCCUGUUUAAACAUGCAUUCCUGACAAUGACAAUCACUAAUAGGACAUUUUGGCAGCGCUUAAUA